AACGUGUGGCCUGUCCAAGCAUGCCCACAAACGGAAUUAACAGGGCCCUGAAGCUGCAGUUUGGCCUCAUCAACUAUGAGAGCCGCUACCUGACGGCCGAGGCCUUCGGCUUCAAGGUGAACGCCUCAGGUGUCAGCAUGAAGAAGAAACAGAUCUGGACUUUGGAGCAGGACGAGCAAGAUGGCCAAGUGGUGUUCCUCCGCAGCCACCUGGGACGCUACCUGGGCUCUGACAAAGAUGGGAAGAUCACAGGUGGGGCAGAGAAGCCUGACCCUGACAGCCGUUUCCUUAUUGUGCCUCAAUCCGAUGGUCGCUGGGCACUGCAAUCUGAGCCUUACCUGCGUUACUUUGGAGGCUCGGCUGACUACCUGUCCUGCUUUGCCCAAGCCAUUGGGGAACAAGAGUUGUGGGCCGUCCAUUUGGCUCUACACCCACAAGCCAGCCUGCUGAGUGUGGCACGCAAGCGCUAUGCCCAUCUGUCUUCUUCAGAUGGAGAGAUCUCAGUGGACAGCAACAUCCCCUGGGGAGUGGACUCCCUAGUCACCUUGGUAUACUUAGAUGGCAAGUACAGCCUGAAGACCUGUGACAGCCGCUUCCUCAGCAAUGAUGGCAAACUGGUGAAGGAGAGCACCAAUACUACUAGCUUCACACUGGAGCUGAAAUCUGGCAAGCUGGCCUUCAAAGACUGUGAUGGGAAAUAUCUGACCCCAGUGGGUCCUACAGGGACACUGAAAUCUGGCCGAUGCUCCAAGCCUGGAAAAGAUGAGUUGUUUGAUCUCGAGGAGAGUCACCCACAAGUAGUUUUUCAAGCUGCCAAUAAAAGAUUUGUCUCGGUCAAGCAAGGAGUGAGUAUUUCAGCCAAUCAGGAUGUGGAGACAGACAUGGAGACCUUCCAGAUGGAGAUUGAUAAGGAGAGCAAAAAGGCUAUGUUCAGGACCAAUGGUGGAUCCUACUGGACUCUAGUGACUCACGGAGAGAUCCAGUCCACUGCCACAGAAGUAGAGGUCAACACAAUGUUUGACAUUGAGUGGCGAGGACAGAGGGUGGCACUCAAAGCAAGUAAUGGGAAGUAUGUUUAUACAAAGAAGAAUGGGCAGCUCUCAGCAGUCAGUGAUACAGUGGGUAAGUACUCAUUCAUUCAUGCGCAAGAGAUGAACAACUAUUUGUCUGUCAUGGCAGGUGAUGAUGAAUUAUUCCUGAUGAAACUCAUCAACCGCCCUAUCCUGAUCCUUCGUGGAGAGAAUGGCUUUGUGUGUCACCACAAGAACUCCAACACUCUGGACGCAAAUCGAUCCGUCUAUGACAUUUUCUCAUUGAUCUUCAAUGAUGGCGCAUACAACAUAAAAAGUGCGAACGGAAAGUUCUGGUAUGUCUCGAGCAGCGGCUUCGUGUGUUCAGAUGGAGAAAAGCCAGAGGACUUUUUCCUUGAGUUCCUGGAACACGGACGUGCCGCAAUAAAGGGCUCUGAUGGCAAGUACCUUCGUGGAGACCAGGGAGGUACGCUUAUGGGUGAUGGUACAACAGUUGAUGCGUCUUCUCUUUGGGAGUAUUGAUCCCUUUCAAUCAGGCUCCUCAAAGAGGGAGCAAGAAGGUGGGAUGCAGGACCCGCCUCUAUCAGCUUGAAUGAAGUGGACUGACCGGGUAACAUUUUCCUGCCCGUUUUUAUACUAGCUGCCAGGUGCCCGAUUUUUUUUUUUCCUUUUUUUCUUUUUUUUUUUUUUUUAAAUUGGGAAGAAGUGAACACUCUAGGAAGAUAUGUGUGGUAUUUAUUGUAAAUGUUAAAUGUUUUGUCUUUCAAAUGACAAUGCCAACAUCAAACAACACAUACUGUGUGAAAAUAUGUAAUAUCACAAAUACAGAAUGAGACAGUAGCUGUCCCAAUUCUUUCAGACACACUUUCAUUAUAGCUACAGUGAUCAACAUACAUCUAAAAGGCAGCCAUACUGAUCAGUUACUUAAAAAAGGAAAGAGCGUUGCUACCUAAGUGGGCACAUUUUCUGUUUAGUCUAUUCAGAAAGUUGUUCUGAUAGCAGUAUUGGUACAGCCUAAAAUGCUGAAUCUGGUAUUAGCAAGUCAAUUCAUCAAGUUGAUAUAACAUUAUCAUCACAGAACGAAAAACAUCAGCACCUGUCUCUCGCUUCCCAAUUUGUACAGCCUGCCUGAUCUGUAGUGCACAUGUGCGACUCUCAACAGAGACAAAAAAAGAAGUGAGAUGGCCCACUUGUUACCUACUUCUGUCAUCAGCUCCAGAAGAACUGAUAAUGAGCUGAUAUAUCAGUACUCCACAUCUGCCGAUACACAAUUUUAGGUUUCAGCAUCUGUAUUAGAAAGGAAAAAGUAGGACAUCUCUAAUAGCAACAACAACAACAUUUAGUCCUUGUGCUGCUGCUGAAUUGAAUUCCACUGGCUAAAUAGAUUGAAUAGAAAUCAUCAGAGGUUGUUUUCAGCUAUGUCAGUCAAAACUGUCACAAAUCUGGCAGAGAACGACAAAUCCAUCACAAACAACAUUCGCACACUGAAAGGCAAUGGGAAACAGACAAAUGACAGAUCAGUGUGGUUGCAUUUACUCAAAAAACAACAACAACAAAAACAGCAGCGAUACUUAUACAAACAAAAUUAACUUCAUUUGUUUAGGUGACUGGAUCGCAACAAUCCUACUGUUUGUUUACAGCUUUUAAAUAAUUUCAAUACUUUGACAUGUUCUGUAAGAACAGCGUGGUCGUUGAUGUUACUCUAGGCAAAGGUAAUGCACCACUGUCUUCAAAGACAGCAAAUGGCUGGUGCCAAUGGUGUUUUCAUUUAUCUUAAUGGACCAUUUACAGCUUCCAUAAAAGCACAAUAUGAAGUAAAUGAAGUGGACUGGAGCAAAUAGACCGUACUUUGUUAGGCUACUCUGCAGUCCUGAGUAUAUCAAAAGAGGCUGACUCACAGCAAAACUGCAAACACUGACAUAUAUUUUUGUGUAACACAUAUAGAAAUGCAGCGGUCAGACAUGCUCAGUAAAAAAGGCUAUCAGUAGAAAUGUCAUAUACCCAUCUCAGGGAUAAGCAAUAAACCAAAAGGGGAGCACAUUUAAAGCAUUUUAAUGUACCAGGUGUGAACUCAGAAAGUGCUUCUCUGCUGUUCUGCCUUGGGGCCUUAAACCAGACUGCACUCCAUUUCCCUUUAUACACUGUUCUCAUGUUCAGAGUUGGGUGGUAAGAUUAGAAAUGUAAUGGAUUUAGAUGACAAAUUUGAAAAAAAAAAAAAGGCAAAGAUUUCUUACAGGAAAACAAAGGCCAUUACAACAUCCUGUAAAACAUCAUCCAGAGGCAAAUGUGUUUGAACACAACCUUUGUCUUCCCACAGUCAGGUGAGAAAAUGUAGUGAAUUUCAUUUGUGCGUUUUCUUUACCCAGUGGUUGUUGGUCAAACUCAACUACAAUAUGGUUGUAAACUGCUCCUUCAGACAGCUUUGGAGUUGUUGGAAAUCAUGUUUUUACUUUUUACAAAGCUGGGAUAUCUGUCUUCCCUCAGCUUCUAGCCUUUGUGCACAGCUAGGCCAAGAACAUCCCACUGAAACUGUCAUGAAUCUUCUCAUCUAACUCUGGACAAGACAGCAAACAACUGUAUUUCACUUCAGUGUUGCUCUAGGUAACGCUGCUUUUAUAAGAU